AUGUCGACGAGCGAUCGGGAUUGGUGCUUCGAGGUGACGGAGGCGAACAUGCGCGCGGCGUACGAGCGCACGUGGGGAUGGGACGCGACGGAGAAGCGGAGGGAGUUGAAUAACGGCGCGGCGAGGUUUGUGCUGGUGCGAUCGCGCGAGAGUGGACGUCCGGUGGCGUUUGUGCACUUUAGAUUCGAGAGGGAGGACGAGGAUGUGGAUAAUCCGGUGGGGUACGUGUACGAGUUGCAGUGCGAAGCGGCGCACCAGCGACGGGCGCUCGGGGAGACGCUCGUGCGAACGGUGGAGACGGUUUCGAAGAAACUGGGGAUGGAGGCCGUGGUGUUGACCGUGCUCAAGACGAACGUCGGGGCGUACGAGUUCUACACGAAGAAGAUGGGCUACGUCGUGGACGAACUCAGCCCGGACGAGAGCGUGGACGAAGGGAGCUCGCACUAUCUCAUUCUUUCAAAGCGGCUCGCGUGA